AAAAGUGUCAUGGCUGCAACCAUGUGUGUUUGGGAUAAUACGUUUUCUUUCACGUUUUUAACUUCAUAAACAGAAAUGUCGAAAAAACAGAAAGGUCGAAAGACCGAUUGGACCGAAUGUGUGAAGUGUAAACUAAUUGUCAGUGAUCGUGAUGUCAAUAUUCACAGAGAGCAAUGCGGCGUCCAAAGUUGCAGUCAUGGUUUUGUGAAAGACGGUAUUUUGAAUGGAGUUAUCUCCCCCUUCUUGGCUUCAGCAGAUCUGAAGGUGCCAAAGACACAUGAGGAUAACAUAAUUGCUGUACAUCCCAGCACUAUGCUACUAUGUGGCCUUGCUAUAGGAAAACCCUGUGUCAUCAACUCCAAAGUUGUGAAGAUGUGUUGGCCGUCGACUGUUGGGAGUUUAACUGGUGUCUACGUUGAUGAGAAAACCUUAGCUGACAUAGGCAGCAGCAAGGAGGAUGUCGUCACAGUGGAAAGUUUUGGUGGGAUGGAGGCACAUGUUGAAGAAAUUAUAUUAGAAUCCAAAGAAUGGAGACCAGUUUACUCUGAUAAAAACUGCAGGAACAACUUCAAACAUAAACUGUUGAACAGAUAUUUGUGUGAAGGAAACAGAGUUACAUUUUCAUAUUUUGGGCAGCUUUGUGAAUUUCAAGUAAAAUCCUUGAAAACAGUGGUUCAUCAACCAUGUCAUGUUGAAGUGACACCUGUCAGUCAGCCAGAUUUGUCCUUAUCUGACAGCCUUGCCAGUCUCAAUUUAUCAGACAUUUCAUUCACUGAGUCGAAGGAUGAAUCCAGUCAGUCAGACUCCACCUGCUCCAGCAUGAACCAAUCAGCUUCAACACCAAAAACACCUGACAGCAAAACCAGCGCAGGGGAAAUCAUCAGUCCGCGAUCGUUCCAAACUCCCGUUAUUGAUAGAAAACGGAAGUCAAGGAAAUAUGAGAAGUUUUGUAAAGUUGUGUCAAGUACAAAGGUGACUAUAGUGGAUGCCAGUGUUAGGGAGGAUGUUGAUGUUGCACGCGAUGCUGGAGUCGUCUUGGAUGACAUCGGAGGCUUGUCUGAGCAAGUGAAACAGAUAAGGGAGAUGCUGCAGAUUCCGCUAACGAACCCGGAGCUAUUCAAGUCUUAUGGCCUUGUACCCCCAAGAGGUGUCCUGAUCCACGGGCCGUCCGGCACAGGGAAGACCCUGCUAUCUCGAGCAGUGGCAGCCAGCCUCAACAUCAGCGUCCUGCAAGUUACAGGCCCACAGAUCUGGAGCAAAUUCUUUGGAGAAACAGAAAGUAAACUGAGGAAUAUUUUCAAGUCUGCCCAAGAAAUGGCCCCAAGCAUCAUUGUAAUAGACGAACUCGAUGCAUUGUGUCCCAAGAGAGACAACUCUAACAGUGACCUUGAGAAGAGGGUGGUCGCCAGUCUGUUGACCCUUAUGGAUGGGAUCGAUUUCAGCAGUGACAAGAUGGUGGUUGUGCUUGGGGUGACCAGUAAGCCGGACGCUCUCGACACUGCCCUGAGACGCCCUGGUCGGUUUGAUCGGGAGGUAGAGGUGGGAGUCCCCACUGCCAGACAGAGGCUAGAGAUCCUGGAGAAGCUGUUGAAGAGGACCCCCAACACGCUGACCACAGAGGAGCUGACGGAUGUUGCAGACGCUGCUCAUGGCUUUGUAGGGGCUGACCUGGUGGCCAUCUGUAAAGAAGCUGGCUUACAUGCAGUGAAGAGGAAGAUGCAGACUGGGAACAAGCAGCUGGUGAUAUGCAGGGAGGAUGUAGUGUACGCCUUGUCCACUGUCCAGCCCAGUGCCAUGAGGGAGGUGCAGCUGGAGGUGCCCAAGGUCCUGUGGUCAGACAUUGGUGGCCAGGCCGAGUUGAAGUUAAAGCUGAAACAGGCAAUAGAGUGGCCCCUAAAACACCCCGAGUCCUUCCAGAGGCUAGGCAUCAACCCUCCCAAAGGCCUGCUCAUGUAUGGGCCCCCCGGAUGCUCCAAGACUAUGAUAGCUAAAGCUCUGGCCACAGAGAGUGGCCUCAACUUUAUUGCUGUCAAGGGCCCCGAGCUGUUCAGCAAGUGGGUGGGGGAGUCUGAGCGUGCCGUGAGGGAAGUGUUCAGGAAGGCUCGGGCUGCUGCUCCUGCUAUCAUCUUCUUUGAUGAGAUAGAUGCCCUGGCUGUGGAGAGAGGGAGCUCAUCUGGAGGCAGCAAUGUGGCGGACCGUGUUCUAGCACAGCUGCUGACGGAGAUCGACGGAGUUGAGAAGCUGCAGGAUGUCACCAUUGUUGCUGCCACCAACAGACCGGACAUGAUAGACCAGGCCCUGCUGCGUCCAGGGAGAAUUGAUCGGAUCCUGUACGUUCCCUUGCCCGCCCCAGACACACGGAAGGAAAUAUUUCAGCUGCAUCUGCAGCGGAUGCCCGUUGACGAGGAUGUGAAUGUGGAUGGUCUGGUUGAGGAGACCGACAGAUACUCAGGGGCUGAGGUAUCCGCAGUGUGUCACGAGGCAGCACUGUUUGCUCUACAGGAAGACAUCCACAGCUCUGUUGUGCGACACAGACAUUUCACAGAGGCUCUGUGCACAGUGAAGCCUCGCAUCAGUCACCAGAAGCUGCUGUUUUAUGAGACAUACAGUGAACAGAGUGGCCUGCAUGCUGUAUAACUGCAGCUGCCAAGUGUUGCUUGUGAGGUGCUGUAUGCCCGGAGAGCAGAGGGUCAGUGGUUAGAUCCCUAGCCACGUCUUUAAAAGAUGGUACUUGUUGUUACCUUGCCUGGAGUUUGUCGUUGAGGGUAUACUGUGUCUGAGUGUGGUAUCCAUGUAAAACUGCGGCAUGGUAUCUCAGUGGGCUAGCACGAUAAUAUUGGCUUAGUCGAGACCAGUACAAGCAGCCACAAAUAUACACGCAUGUCGCUGUGUAAGUGCAAUAAUCUUGAACAUGACGUUACACCCAUUUCACUUCAAAUCACUUCUGUGUCAAACAACAAAACACAAUACACACACACACUGUCCGAGGAAAUUUGAGUAUUCAGUAUUCGAUAUCUAUGUGAGGACACACACCAUAGACACUAUGUAUGCAACUGUAAUUAUCAACCAUGGUCAUACCUGUGUGAAGAAGCUAUAAUAUCCAUUGUCUAAAUGGGGAAAUACACACCAUGUAUGCAACUGUAAUUAGUUCAUGUGUCUGUGAAGAACUGACAAGAUCGCCUGUCUGAAAAGAGUAUAUCUCAACACGUUGUUUCUAUUCUAUCAUCCAAUAUUGGUUAUGGCAGAUAUCGCCUUUUUUUAAGUUAAAGCAACAUUUGUUUGACGAAACAGUUGUUUGUUUGUGCCAAUAUCUAUGGCGGGACGACAUGCCUAUUGUAUGGUCAUGGCAUCACAGUAGUUCUACACUUGCACUGUGCUGGCGCGCAGGUGCAGGAAAAUGCAUACAAAAACACAUUUAUUUUGUAGCAUGAUUUUUUAUGAUAAACACAAUCUCACCCUUGUGUGUCUAUUCGUGUUUUUGGUGUUCAUCUCCUUGGGACAUUAUCCCAAUGAUUUCAAGAUGGUCUGUACAGUAGUCAUGAGUUCCAAAUGUACUUCAGGCCCUGGCUACUGGC